AUCCUAAAUACAGUUGUAAACAUUAAGUCUAUAUAUAUUGUAGGUUUGAGAACAAACUCAGAACUUGCACCUGCAAUGGCUGCCCGAGUUGCCUUCUUUGUUGUAGCGACUGCAUUAUUGCUUAUCCACACCAAUGCAGUAGAAGUCUCAGAACUAACCUCAGGGGAGCGUCAAGAAACUCCUGGGUUUAGCUACACUGGCGACAUCGGCCCCAGCAAGUGGGGAAGUUUGAAUCCUCAUUAUGCGACUUGCUCAACUGGAAAAUUGCAGUCUCCUAUAAACAUUGUAACAAACAAUGCUGUUCUUAAUGCAAAGUUGAAGCCUCUAAAAAGGGAGUAUCAUAUUGUAAAUGCUACAUUGGUUAACAGUGGCUACAGUAUUGAGAUGAAAUUUGGAAAUGCAGGACAGUUGACUGCUAAUGGUAAAAUCUACACCUUUCAGCAACUGCACUGGCAUACACCCUCUGAGCACACAAUUGAUGGUGUCUCAGCUGAUGCAGAGAUUCAUCUAGUCCACAUGGCCAACGAUGGAAGCCUCACAGUCAUAGCCAUGCUUUAUAAAAUUGGUGAUGCUGAUCCGAUUAUUGCCAGGUUUGAAAAUCAAUUGCAUGAGCUAGCUGAGGAGAAUUGCAAAGACAAUGAAGUAGCUCAAGUUGCUGUUGAGAACUUCGAUGCUUGGAAGUUGAGGAGAAACACCCGCAAGUAUUACAGAUAUGUUGGUUCUCUCACCACUCCUCCUUGCUCCGAGAAUGUCAUCUGGAAUGUCUUUCCCAAGAUUAGAUCAAUAUCUAAAGCACAAAUAGAGGCUUUGAAGGCUCCAUUGCAACCAACAUGUAAGAGCAACUCGAGACUUGUGCAACCCUUGAACGGGAGAAUUGUUGAAUUGUACGAUGAGCUUAACUAAAAUUGUAGUAUUUUGUCAAUGUCGUCUAAGAGAUCUUAACCGCGAUCUACUACCAAUUAAGAACUCGUAAUAUUUUUGCAUUCCCCAAAAAAAAGGAGGGCCAGAUUUCAAUGUAAUUCACCCAAAGGCUACAUACAUACAAUACAGUACAUCAAGCUGUUAAUUAUACUUCUGCAAAUUAUCUGACAUUGUAUCAUCUAUGCAAUUUAUAUUAAUAAUACUAAAGAUUUAAUUUUGGCUUUGUCCAUAAA